ACAAAGCACUUCCUUAUUUGCUGCAUGUCAGAAUGGAGACCAUUUCGUAUGUGUGUGCGGUUUUCCUGCUGUAUCUGUGUCAACUGCAAGGGUCCAGUGCUGUGACUCCUGUGUUUGUGCAGAAGGGAAAUUAUGUUCUUCUAAAUGUCAUGAAAGCUGAUGUUCUUCAGGACGUUUUUUCUGUUGUGUGGAAGUUCAAUAAAAAGGAUGUUUUAGUAAGAUUUUCACCUGGUAGAGAACCAACAGUCUCUCCUGCUUACACUGGAAGAGUUGAGUUUUCUGAGAAUGAUUAUUCUCUGAAAGUGAAGAAUCUACAAGAGGCAGACAGUGGAGUUUAUACUGCACGAGUGAUAAGGGAUAUAGAGGAACAAACUGAAUACAACGUCACAGUUCAAGAUGCAGUGUCUCCAGUUAACCUGAAGGUGGACUCUGUGUCCAGAAGCUCAGACUCCUGUAACCUCACUGUGACCUGCAGUACACAGGACUCUCACAUCAACAGCACUUUUAGAUGUGACACCAAAACCUGCAGUCAGGAGGUAGGAGAGCAAUCAGAGGUCACAACAUCUGGUGCUUCUCUCCAUGUCUACCUGGUGGAUGGCUCGAUCAUCUGUAACCAUAGCAACCAGGUCAACUGGACCAAAGACGGUGAAAUGACUGAACAUCUUUGCAUCCAACAUGUUGCUGAACAACCCUGCAACAACAUCAUCACUGUCAUUGUCCUUGUCAUUGUUGCAAUUGUUAUUUUCAUCAUUGUUGCUGUGUUUUAUCAUCGAAAGAGAAGAAAAAAUCCAGAUAAAAAAGAGAACACAGAAAAUACCAUAUAUGCAGUUCCAGAGGUUGUGUUGCUUUCUAGAUACACACGUCACUGGUUGUUCUGCUUCCUUGUGCUCAAAUGUCCUGCUUCUGACCAGAAAAACCUGAUGAUGCACCAUCCACUCAAACUGCAAUGUGUUUCUUUAUUCUGCUCACGUGUUGUUUGCUUGUGUUUUAUCAUAGUUUUUCCAUCAUUUUGAUGCCGUUUUAGAAACAAUUUCUGAGAAUACUGUGACACGAACACUAAAACAGCAAAUACAUGUUCCAAAAGGUGUUGUGUUCUCAAAACUCUUCAUACAAUUAUUAAUUAAGAACAAAGAGCCAAUACUGCAACAAUGUCUUUUACUUUAAGUCCUGUAUUUUCUUCUCUGUUUGCUUUUGUUUGAUGGGCACAUUAGGCAACACGGGCAACGUGACUUCAUACUGAGCCACAAAUGUUGUACUUCUGCAUAUUCUUACACAAUGAAUGUUGAGAAUAUUGUGAGCAGAAGACUCUUUUGUGAAAUCUGCACUCAAGAAGAAAAAUUGUGUAAUUUUCCAUCUUUUUAUAAAUGCAACGUACUGCAUGUGUUGUCAAAGCCAUGUGAAUGCUUUCUUUAUUUGCUUGAGUUCUAGUUUCAGUGUGUUGUUAACUGUCACUUCUUUUUGGACACAGUGGAACAAUGUUCAGUGCCUUACUGCUCUUGAUGAAAAAUGCCUAAAAAUUUAGUAUAAUGUUAUGAAAAUCAUUCUUCUCACUUUAGUAGCCAAUGAUAUAAAAUUUUGUAGUUUUUGAUGGAUAUCUGUAAAUGGUGAGAUUACUUCACAUGUUUAUGCAGUAUAUCAACACCAUUAGAAAUACAGUGUAAAGUAAAAAUGGCAACUUUUUGUAAAAA